UCCAAAAAAAAAAAACAGCGCCCUCAAAUCUCUUUCCCCUCCGGUCCCUUUCGAAACAAAGACAAAACAGCCAGCAGGACGUGUACUUUCUCCACCACCACCACCACCACCACCACCGCCACUACUCAGGAAAAACGCCGCACUGAACGGUGCCUACACUCUCCUCUGUUUCUACUCUCCCUCUUCCUCUCUCACUCUCUUCCUCACGUAUCUUCCUUUCCCGGUUUAUAAAUGGGAGAAGCAAAUCUGGCUCCAGACCCGUACGUUUUGCUUAUGAAAGACAACAAACCUAUAUGCCGGACACAGUGCCUAAAGCCUCCUGCAGAACUGCCAAAAUGCUGGAGUUUAAGUGAUAUAGUUCCAAGAGCCAGGGUACAUAUCCUUGGUGAUCUGCCUAGUUGCUUUUUGAGUCCUGCUCCAGAGUCUUCUCGUGACAGAUCUGAAUGGUGCAGAUUUUUGACUUAUCUUCGAAAGAAAGACUCGGUUGGAAUUGCAAAAGUUAAGUCCUGUCAAUUCUACAUACUUCCUCCUGAUGAAGACUCAAAUUUUAGCCAUGUCCAAGUUGUUUAUCGGGUGGAGAAAACAUGCAGUGGGAAUGAUGGUCAAGAACACUGUGAAGAUAAUGGCUCUCCUAGUGACAGGUUUCAAGGCUCUCUCGAAGAUCACCAUCGUGGCAAUACUGCAACUGAAACUUGUCAGAGACACCAGCCUCUUGCUGCGAAACAGGUUCCACCAUCAGAGAAAAAUUAUGCUCAGGCACAUCCAAGCUACCUGGAAACUCUUGGUCAAGUGCAUUAUGCAUGGAUUUUUGGUGCAAUAGCUGAGCUUGUUGAUAAUUCCAGGGAUGCUGAAGCAACUAGACUGGACAUUUCUAUUGAGGAAAUAUAUUCAAAAAGAGCUGGCAAAGAAAUUCCUAUGCUGUCAGUUAUAGAUGAUGGUCAUGGCAUGAUCCAUCAAGAGGUAGAGAAAAUGGUUUGUUUUGGGCACAAGAAACCUGAGGCCGAUGAUCCAGAUCGCAUUGGAAGAUUUGGUGUUGGAUUUAAGACUGGAGCAAUGAGAUUAGGCAGGGAUGCUCUGGUUAUAACUCAGACUAAUGAUUCCAGAUCCAUAGCCUUUCUUUCACAAUCUUUAAAUGAAGGAAAAGAUAAUCUUGAGAUACCCAUUGUAAGCUACCGCAGAAAAGGACAGUUUAUGGAAGUUGACACUAGUGUCCAGUCGGAAGCUUUAGCAAAGUACAACCUGAAAGUUAUUAAGGAAUUUUCGCCUUUUGAUAAAUAUUUGAUUGGUGCAAAAGCAGGUUUAUUCCGUGAAAACCGUACAGGGACACAAAUUUUCAUAUGGAACUUAGAUGAAUGGGGAUCACAAUAUUGUUUGGAAUGGGAUCGUGGAUUGACUGGUGGGAGCUCCUUUCAUAAAGGUGACAUUCUGGUCCGUUCUAGAAGGCUCAGAUCUCGUCCUGGCCAGAUUAGCAAAACGGUUUUUUUAGAUUACUCACUUAGGUCAUAUCUUGAAGUCAUCUUCUUAGUUCCACGAAUAAGGAUUUAUCUGCAAGGUUCAUUGGUUAAAAGUCGACCACUGGCAAAAUAUUUGAAUCAGACUUCGGAAGCAACUGGUAGCAUCAUGGGGAAACGUGUUCAUUUAACUCUUGGUCGCUCUCAGUUGGAAUUUGAGCAGGCAAAUUGUGGAAUAUUUUUGUAUUGGCAUGGUCGAUUAAUUGAGGCCUAUAAGAGAGUUGGUGGCAUGAUUCACAAUGGAGAUUGGGGUAGAGGCGUGAUUGGUGUCAUUGAUGUUACUGAUUUAAUGAAUGAAGGAAAUGGCCGGGUGGGCGUGCAUAAUGCCAAGCAAUCUUUCCUUGAUUGUGAACCAUAUGCUCGACUAGAGGCGUGGCUGGGAGUGAAGGCAGAUGAGUAUUGGACUAAUAAUUUUGAAACGCUGAAGUUGAAAAAAGGUGGUUCCCUGUACAAACCUGACCACGAAUGGGUGCAGUGUGAUAAGUGCAGGAAGUGGAGGAUGUUGAGUUCGGGGUUUGAUGUUAAAACAUUACCUGAAGAAUGGUUUUGUUAUAUGGGUCCUUUCAAUGGAUCAUGUGAAAUUCCGGAGCAAAAGGUUGAUCGUGGGGUGAUCACAGUGUCUGCAAAACAAACUAGACAGGAUAUAAAAGAUGUUGACGAUGAUGCUAUGAUCAGUUCAGAUGGUAUUAGCGAUGAAGAUUCUAAUCAAACCGAGAGGGAUGGCAAGCGAGAUUUAAAGAGGUUAAGGAAGGGACUGCCAAGGGCCUGUAAGAAGGGACCUUGAUAACUGGUGGUAACUCUGGUUUUAUCAAAUGUUGAUACAGCAAUAGUUACGACCAUUUUGUUUUGAAAUGUGCGUUAGUGCAAUUGCAUAGAACUAGAAUACCAGAAUAGGUCACCAAUUCUCCACAUAAAUCAUAGCAUUCCAACUGUAACUAGUUCACUGGUUUUAACCUAGUCAAACUAUACCAUCUUUUGUAAAGAAGAGCAACAUCCUGUUCCUGAACUCUAGUUACUUGUGUUUUACUCCUCUUAAGGUAUAAAACUGAUUUUCCUUGCAGUA